AUGAAGCCAGCACAGAUCAGAUUCUCUCUACAGAGACCUCUACAGCACACAGAUCCAGACAUGGCACCUACAAUCACUGCAGCAAUGACCAAUUCUCAGGAGCAUCUCACUCUGACCCACAAGCUCAGAAAGCCUCUGGUGGAGAAGUUACGCAGAGAGCGAAUCAACAGCAGCAUUGAGCAGCUCAAGUCUCUCCUGGGUCCAGAGUUCCUCAAACAGCAGCCAGACUCCAAGCUGGAGAAAGCAGACAUCCUGGAGAUGACAGUUUGUGUCCUGACACAGCUGCAGCAGCAGCAUCAACAGCAGAGAAGACUGCUGAACCACUUCAACAAGCUGCAGUCUUCCUCUGAUAACAACCUGACAGAGGCUGACUUCUCUCCUCUGAGCUCCACAGUCCAGACCAGCAUCACCAAAGAGCAGAGUCCAGUCAACAGCGCCCUCUGGAGGCCGUGUUAGACACCUACAGACUGGAGCUACU